AUGGCGUUGUCUAGCCCGCCGUUACUGACCGCUUGCCUGGCCUGCGCGACCAGUGCUCUUGGGACAAAAUAUCAAAUUGGGAAUCCGGAGUUGAGAGCAGAACGGUUCUAUGCAAAGUCCAUUCAUGCGCUGCGAAGCAUACUUGAAGAGGGAGGAUGUGAGGGUAGUGAAGACUGGUUACUGGCGACAGUGGUCAUCCUGUGUCUCUAUGAAAAUCGAAAACCAGGCUACGAUCCAGCGACAGCCACUGCACACAUCGCAGCAGCCGGCCAAGUUUUCCGCAAGCGAGCCAUGACCAAGAUGAGCGCCGCUGCCACAGCAUCUAGCCAAGAGCUGGCAAGUUCGCAAACAUGGUCGGCCAUUAUAUUUGAACGCAUCUUCACCGAAUCAUUCCUCUACCACUGUAUGGUCAUGUCGGUGCAGGAUUCGAAUCUUACGCCACUGCAAGACCCAGUGUUGCGCGGUGUUUUCGACGAUUACUAUGACUCCUGCUUGGUGUCGACAUCCCCGGAACCUGAGAAUUGGCCUAUUCUUGGAAUGCAUUAUCAGAUAGUCCGGUUGUUUUCCGAUCUUCUUGCUGCCCUCGAUGACACACCUGCAUUCUGUGGGCUCGGUGAUAUCAUAGAACAGCUGGGGACAUGGGCGAACACCUCGCUGACAGAUGGGCAUGGAGUUCAUAUCUUGCUUUACAUCUCUGCUGCAAAGCUUCUUGCUUAUCAACACCUGACGGAUUCCUCAUCUGAUACCACACAGUACCAAAGUCUUCUGCAGCAGGAACUUGAAAAUUGCAAAAAUUUGCUUCCAAAGAUCGAUGUUACUGUCAAUGCUUUCAGCCGGUACUUCUUUUGGCCUCUGGCAAUCAUUGAAAGGGUGGUUCGAGAUCCCACUGCAUCACUGCUGGUCCAGCUGAAGCUGAAGAAUAUGGAGGACGUCGAUCCGGCAGGGAAGAGAGCCUACAAUUGGGUUGCCGAGGGAUUCGAGCGAAAAUUUAAGAGUGCUUGA